AUGCGCGUCUCUCCGCUAUCUCUCUCUCUAUCGGCCCUGGCCUUGGUUGGGCCCGCUCUCGCAGUUCCCCAUAGCGGCCAGGCGGAGAGUGUGCGCAACCAGUCGUCCAGCCAAGGCAGGGCCGCCGCGGUCAAGGAAGCUUUCCAGCAUGCCUGGACUGGAUAUAUGAAAUACGCAUUUCCUCAUGAUGAGUUACACCCGGUCAGCAAUGGCUACGGUGAUUCCAGAAACGGAUGGGGAGCUUCGGCUGUCGAUGCCUUGUCCACUGCCAUCGUGAUGGGCGACAAGCAGGCCGUGGAUCAGAUCCUCGAGCAUAUUACCAAAAUUAACUACCACUAUACCCCUGACACGGUCAGCCUAUUUGAGACGACCAUUCGCUACCUCGCUGGCAUGCUGUCCGGCUAUGAUUUGCUCAAAGGCCCUGCCUCGGGCCUAGCCAGCAACCCCAAGCUUGUCGAUGCGCUGCUGUCCCAGUCGAAGAAUUUGGCGGAUGUGCUCAAGUUCGCAUUUGAUACCCCGUCGGGUGUUCCGUACAACGACAUCAACAUCACCUCGCAUGGUAACGACGGCUCCACCACUAAUGGCCUUGCGGUGACCGGAACGCUCGUGAUGGAGUGGACGCGCCUCUCCGACCUCACGGGCGAUGACCAGUACGCCAACAUAAGUCAGAAGGCCGAGUCCUACUUGUUGAAUCCACAGCCGUCUUCUGCUGAACCGUUCCCCGGCCUCGUAGGCAGCUAUAUCAACAUUUCGAACGGCGAAUUUGCCGACGGAUCUGUGACUUGGAACGGCGGGGACGACUCAUUCUAUGAGUACUUGAUCAAGAUGUACGUGUACGAUCCCAAGCGGUUUGAGACCUACAAGGACCGCUGGGUAUUGGCGGCGGAGUCGACAAUCAAACACCUGCAGUCGCAUCCCAAGUCUCGCCCGGACCUGACCUGGCUGUCCUCAUACAACAACGGCAAUUUCGAUCUCAGCUCGCAGCACCUUACCUGCUUUGAUGGCGGCAGUUUCCUGCUGGGCGGUACCGUUCUCGGUCGCCAGGAUUUCAUCGAUUUCGGCUUGACUUUGGUGAACGGCUGCGAAGACACAUACAACCAGACACUGACCGGAAUUGGCCCGGAUUCAUGGGGCUGGGACCCGAAUUCUGUGCCGAGCAGCCAGAAGGCGUUCUAUGAGCGUGCUGGCUACUACAUCAGCAGCGGCAUGUAUGAUCUUCGGCCCGAAGUGAUUGAGAGCUUCUACUAUGCCUACCGUGUCACAGGCAAGCAGAUUUAUGCCGACUGGGUAUGGAAUGCUUUCAAGGCAAUCAAUGCCACCUGCCGCACCGACUCCGGCUUUGCGGCAGUGAGCAACGUCAACGCGCCCGGUGGUGGUUCCAAGUACGACAACCAGGAGAGCUUCCUGUAUGCCGAGGUGAUGAAAUACUCAUACCUUACAUUUGCAGAGGACGCCCCAUGGCAGGUCAAGACCGGUGGCGACAACACCUUUGUCUUCAACACCGAAGCACACCCGCUGCGUGUCUCGCACACUUGA